UCGUACUUGAAUCCGUCUAUGAAACGUGAAAACAAAGAUGGCUGACGAAAUGGAAGUUGACAGAGAAGUAGCACAAAAACCAGACAAAAUGUUUACAUUGAAGAAAUGGAACCUUGUAGCUAUGUGGAGCUGGGAUGUAGAAUGUGAUACGUGUGCUAUAUGCAGAGUACAAGUAAUGGAUGCUUGUUUGAGAUGCCAGUCAGAAAACAAACAAGAUGAUUGUGUUGUUGUAUGGGGCGAGUGCAAUCAUUCUUUCCACAACUGCUGUAUGACGUUAUGGGUUAAACAGAACAACAGAUGUCCCCUAUGCCAGCAGGACUGGGUUGUUCAACGUAUAGGAAAAUAAUCCGCUAUAGUGUCAUAAUUAAUCUUAUCUCAAAAUAAAAUCAUGUCAUUUUGGUGAAAUUGACCGUCUUUGGACUGAAGAGAUUCUGAUGGUGUUUUAUACCUGUUGAGUUUCGCAGUAUGAAUAUUUUAAGUACAUGAAAUGACACAUGGAGAGUUUUGAAUCUAUCAUAUUAUUCUUUAUACUUCAUGUAAGUAUCAAGUGAAUAAUGAAACUAUUUAUCUACAUUACCUGAUGACAGGAAUGAAUGUGAAGAUCAAGUUUUUGCUAUUGUAAUACAAAAGAAACGAAAUAUGUCAUAAAUUUUAGACUUACAAACGCAGAUAUUGACAACAGAAAAUUCAUGAAACAAUUGGUCUCAUUAUGAAUAUGGACCAGUGUAAUUGACAGAAGUUUUAUUAAACAUGUAAGCACAGUGAGAAGAAAGAAGUUAACUCUUAAGGCACAGAUGUUAAAUUUUAGGAAGUCAGUGGUACGUCUUUGAUCUUAAUUUUUGGCAUACAGUUACGUGGAUUCUCGGGUGUAAUUCAAGCCCGUUAACAGAAGCCUUGUAGCGGUACAUGUACAAGUACACUGACUCACAGAACUGUUGGUAUUUGGAAUUUUUGUUGGUGUCUACGUUCAUCUGCAAUAGACAUGUAACAUGCAUAUAUUAUGGAUUGUAACAUUAAGGCUUUUUAGGAACAUGAUAAUUUGAUAGUUACAUUCAAAUAUGAAACAAAAGGUAUAACAUAGUGUAAAAGUGCAUCACAUUUUGUUUUUUUAGACUUGUUUAGUAAGCAAGUUGUAUAAAUUUAUAUUUUCUUAUGUAAAAUUUACAUGUAUGCCUUAUUCCCAUCGAUUUGUGACCUAAAUAAAUGACUGGUAUAAAUACUUCCGCAAGGGCAUACACCAUCCGAAAACUACACAAGUUUUAUUAGACACACGAUUUGACAAUUCUAUCCAAUCAAAAUGCGUAACUGAACAGGCGUAAAUGUGCUUACCCUACAAUCAGCUGAUGACCUUAUUACUUGAAAAUAUCCGAUAAAGAUGUUAUAAUUUAUCAAACACACUUACAAUUAAGCCAAAAAAAUAUUCAUUAUGCUGUAAGAAUUUACUUAAGACUUUGAAACAUAUUUUGAUCAGAUCGGACUGAAAAUAACCAUGCAAACAUUUAGUGGUGUGAGCACCUUUAUUUUCAUGACGCCACAGGGUGAAUCGGAUUUCACAAAUCAAUGGGUAAGCAUCCAGCUGAGCAAGACAGUCAUGGUUGAAAUGUUCAGAUGCUCUAAUCUUUGAGCGGUUGUUUUUAGAAGUAAUUUAAAGUUUUUUGAACUUUUAGAUAAUGAAUUUAUUUAACAAAUGCACUAAUUGCACUGUAUGUAUGUCUGAUAUUUGUUGUGCAAGUGCAAUUUUUCAAAAUAAAGAGUCACGAAUUGACGAGAGAAAAGCAUAAUAAGGACCUUCUCUGUUGGUUUGAUUUUUAAAAAAAAAAAAAGACUUGAUAGAUGUUUAAAAAUGUAACAUGUGCUUCUUAACAACUUGGAAUAAAAAAACAUUCAAAUUAAUCAAUGAUGUUAUGAAUUUUCAAACGUUCACAUAUGAAUCAAUCUUAAGUUAUUAUUUAAAUAAAUAUUCUUUUUCAUAAAUAAGGAAAUUAUAGUUGGAUCAUAUUGAUACAUCUUACCGUGGAAAUCAUUUUUUUUUUUAAUUUUAUUAAAAUAUACUAUAUAUAUACUGAACCAAAAAAGAAACUUUUGCAAAGUAUGUGCCAGUUGUUCAAGGGUACCACUUAGAUGUACACACUUAUAUACAUGAAGUAGCUUGUAAAACUCGUUUUGUUUGCAAAAUCGAUCAGCUAAUCCACGUAUAAAAUCCCGCUGUGUAUUCAACGUAAAAAUCGAGUUACAAAAGGAUUGAAAAACUGUACUAACAUAUCUACAUUCAAACUUGGAGAAAGUUUCUUUUUUGUUUCAGUAUAGAUACCAAGUCAACAUUAUAAUGUAAGCAAAUAAAAAUUAUACAUUUAUAAUAGUGUGAUUGACUGACCUUAAACACCAAAAUUCAAAAAUACAGCUACAUUGUAUUGGACUAGUCAUAAAACAGAUUGCAGGUCAUAUUUGAUUCUCAUUAACUACUGGUAUAAUUACCAUAUGCACUGUAAGGGUUAAACUAUGUAGUGUUUGCCAGUGACAGAGCAUCACACUGCCAACUGGUACACUGUAACUGUGGAAUAAAUUGUGAUCUACAAGUAAUUACUGUAUUAAAUUUACUAAAUUUUACUACAGUGGCAAUUUUAUUUGACAGUUGGGAACUUGUAUGUUUUACAUAAAUAUAAAUUACAUGUACAAUGUAUAUAGGAAUGAAUACACAUGCAUUAUUAUUGAUGUGAUGUCUGGUUUUGUUCAGGAUAAAAAUAUUUUCUAUGGAUAAUAUCUUUAGUUCAACUUUGUUGUUUGUUUUCAAAUAAAAUAUCACAUUGUGAA